AUGUCGUCCGCCUGUAACCCCUCGACCACCUCCGCUGCAGGAACUGAUCCUCCACCCCGCGAAAACAAAGACAAGCAACGCACUGUGGGAGCUCCCUUCCAUCAAUCUGCGGCCUCCUACUUCUCCUACCCCGUCACCCACGUCGUAUCCGGUCUCUACCGCCGUCUAACCGACCCUCCUCCCAGUGACAACAAACCCCGCAAUUCCACCAUGGGCAGCCGUCUGCGACCUACCCCCGAGGACCGCGCCUCUUCCUCCUCCUCCUCCUCCUCCUCCUCCUCCUCCUCCUCCUCCCAGCCAGUCGUCACGCCUCUGCGCACUGCCUCCCCCUUCCAACCGCCGCCUCUGACCCCCCUCACCCUCACCGGGGAUACAGCCAACCUCCAGCAGCAACUGCUCACGCGCGCCCUCGCCGAAGAAAUCCGCCUGCUAGUUCCAGCCCGCCUGCAACUCGUCGACACCUGGCGUCUCGCCUACAGCCUCGACCGCGACGGCGCCUCGCUCUCCACGCUCUACGAAAACUGCCGCGACAUCUCCCACCGCAGCCCACGAGCCGGCUACGUGCUCGUCAUCCGCGACUCCUCCCCCCCCUCCGGCGCCGUCUUCGGCGCUUACAUGACCGACCCCCCGCACCCACACCCCCACUACUUCGGCACAGGAGAGUGUUUCCUCUGGCGCGCCAGCGUGCUGUCGCCGCCGCCGCCGCCGCCGCCACUGUCGCUCCUCCCCACGGACGCAUCCCACUCCGCGGACGACUUCUACGAGAAAGCCGGCCUCCCUCUUCCCCCGAGCGCAGACACAACCCACGCCGGACGCUCCACGACCCUCCGCAGCGACAAGUCUCUCACCCCGCACGGGUACGCAAUCGCCCAGACAAAUGGACGGUCAAGCGGCACUAGUACCCCCGAUCGUAUCCGCUUCAAGGCCUUCCCCUAUAGUGGUGUGAAUGAUUACAUGAUGUUCUGUGAAACUGGUUUUCUCAGUUUAGGUGGAGGAGAUGGCCACUACGGUCUCUGGCUCGACUCCAGCAUCGAAAAAGGCGUCAGCCAGGCCUGUCAAACAUUUGGAAACGAGCCUCUCUCCGACGAGGGCGUCAAAUUCGACGUUAUCGGUACAGAGGUGUGGUAUGUCGGAGCAUAA